CUUUACGAUUGUGUGUAUGUGAAAACCCGUGAAACGACGUAGUUGUGAUCCUGCGUCUAAUUGUGGCUUUUUGUUUCGGUUUAUUUGAAAAAAUUCCUGCGGUCAAAUUUGGUCAAGUUCGGGCGUGCCCUCAACCACCGCCGCAUUCCAUUCCACAAAACGAUUUGCGCCACUGUGUCCUUUUAAAUAAAUUGUCAAAUGUUAAUAAUUGCGCCCCAAAUCAGUUCAAAAACAAGUGUAACCCCCCACGGAGGGCGUCAUCUCCCCGCAAAAAUAUUAUGAAGCCUUGGAAUCUCCCCGUUUGAAAUCCAGCAGCAGGUGUUAAAAGACCAUUUCAAGAAUGAAAGGAGGUUAGGAAUGCGGGCAAUCGCCCAAACAAAUCCAGCCGAACAACAUGCGAUGAUUCGUCCGGAGUCAUGGCAGAAUUCUUGCCAUUAUGCGACCUCCUCUUCAACGUAGUCUCCCUCGCUGCAUACUUCUGUGAUUUGGUCUUCGACAUCCUCAUGGUCUACGCCUUGUACGAGCGCGGCCUCAUGCUCCUCUUCGCCCAAUGCCUCGCAGCCAUCGUCGUCACCACCCUCGUCACGCAGAUCCUCUCCCUCCACUGGUACCUCUCGAAGAAGCCCUCGGGGCUGCCCAAGCUGCUUGUCGUGCUGCUGCACGUCCUGCAGCUGGGGGUACUGUGGCGGUACGGCCGCCUCCUUGUACCUGUUCAUUUGUCUAGUGUAAAGCGCGAAGUCCGCGACUUGUGUAUAUUGCGGCUGGUGCACGGGUUCCUGCAAGCCGCGCCCAUGCUCCUCCUCCAGCUCAGCCUCCUGCCGGGCACCACCCAGGGCCCGCCCUCGAACCUCGUCACGGUGUCGGCGGCCCUGUCGCUCUUCUCCGUGUGCUGGGCGCUCGCCUCCUUCAGCAAACAUGUACAAAGCGUCGACAGGCUAGUCCUUACGUGGCUGGGGGUGGUGUCCCAGCUGCUGUGGAGGGCGGGCACGGUGACGGCCCGCGCGCUGGCGCUCUCCGCCUACGCCGCCAGCUACCACUCGUGGGUGUUCCUGGUGCUGGCCUUGCACUGGGCCUGCAUGUUCCUGUGGCUGCUGUCGCCCCGGAGCCCCUUCCACGGCCAGAGAGGCCGCAAGCUGGGGGUGUGCGCCCUCAUGGCGGCCAUCUACAUCCUCGCCUACGUCAACCUCCAAGAGAAGCCCCACGGCCGCACCAUGACCAUCUUCUACGUGGUGAUGCUGCUAGAGAACUGCCUCCUAGUGGGGGCGUGGUUAGCGGCGGUGUGGCAGCUCCGCCCACUGCACUGGGAGCUCGUCCCCAUCCUCACCAUCGUGCUCUUCGCAGCCGGGAUCCUCUUCAUGCUCUUGUACUACAAGUUUUUUCACGUCAAGAGGUUGCUAGAAAAGCCGGCGGCCCCACCCGGUGUGUUCAACUGUCGCUUCAGCAGCCCCUCCACCGCCCUCUACAGAAAAAAGAAGAAGCCCACGAGUUUCGUGCCGCCCCCAGGCUUAGGCACGGUGGCGGUGCCCUUCUGGAGGCGGCCUCUGCCCUCGUCGAGCGAGAACGAAGGCAGCAGCGUCGGCUCCCGCGUCAACAUCCACCAGAAACUCCAAGAGAAAAAGCAGAAACAGCUGGCGGAGUUGAAGAUAAUCGAAGAGGAGAUCAAACAAGGGAAACUCGUGGGACCGGAAGGGGCGGAUCUGGAUGAUCGACAGCCCAUUCCGAGGGCGAAGCGCCACGUGGAGCCUCACUUGCUCAGUUUAGCGUCUUUGAACAAUUUAGCUAGUUACGGGGUGAAUUUGAAUAGGCGGCCGCCGCCGAGGGCCCCCAGGAGCAGGACUCCGGAGCUCUUGUUGGCGCCGAGGUAUUUGUACUGCGACUGCAUUGUGCCCCCGGAGCCCGAGAACGUGGAGCUGCCGGGGCCCCACGCGCCGUCCGAUCUGGAAAGUCAAGUUUCGCUUCCGAGGUCCUAUACUCUGCCCAGGGAGUUCAAGUACUACAGGAGGCAGAGGGCCGGCAGGCCGAUACAGACUGUCGCCUCCACCAAUAGCAGCGACGGGGACGUGGAUUCCGCCGACGACGAGUCGGACUGUAAUCCGCCCCCGGCGAUGGUGAGGCAGCUGAGGAGGCCGUUCAGGCACGAGACCAAGCUGUAAAUGAAGCUUGAUUCUGUAUAUUAUUUUUGAUAAGGAUUUACACUUUUUAUAUGUAUUUACUGUUUACAAAUUUUAUGCGUAAGGUUUUGUACUUAAAUUAUAUUUUUAUAUUGUAAUAUUUAUUAUUGUACAUCAUUAUUAUAACUAUAUUUCUUGA